AAGGAUCUUCAAGGGUUUGGUAUUUUAGCAAUAGCAGUUAAAGUGGUAAGUGGCUUAGUGCCCCCUCCACCGUCAAAAUGAUACAGCUCCUCCCCCUCCAUAUUGUCUCUUCUUCCCACCUGUUCAAUUUCAAGGUCCCUCUCCGACCAUCGCCUUCGCUAUUCUCAUUCUCACUCUUGGACUUGUACGGCAUCAUCCUCGAUGUCUCUUUCCUUCCUCAUCGUGGUCCUCCUCGCUUUCUCACGCCCUUACCUCUCCGCAAACAACGGGCCUUGCCCCCUCAAAUUCACCAUCCUCCGCGACGUCACCGGCUGGCUCAGACUACCUCGUGAUCCCGCUACCCACUGCCAGCACGUCCGCAACGCCCUCCAUCUUGUUCAGUCCGAUUACCUCCGUCGCUCUGGUGAUUUCUUCCUCCCUGCUCUCGACUCUUCUGAGUCCUGCUGGCAUGAUUUCCACUCUUACACUCAUCAAUUUGACUCCAACUUUGAUAUUCGCUUCUCUUGUGGAUUCCAAAGCAGCUGGAUCUCCCAAGGAUGCAUGAAUAUCACUACCCGUCAGCAAUUCGAAACGUUUGUUCCCAAGCCAGUUCUUCAAGAUGUGCGGUUGAAUUGCAAUCACUCGCUUGCGCAUAACUCCUCUUGCUCUCUUUGUAUUAACAGCUUGUCCAAGCUAUCUGCUUCGUACUUGAGCGGACCGUCGAUUGGAAACGUCUCCACUUGCAGGGACUAUUCAUCAAUUUAUGCUGCUGCAAUCGUCAAUCAAUAUGGACCCACCGACUCUGGGACUGCUAAGUGCUUGUUCUCCAUGGAUCUUGAACCUGCGAGCUCCAAUCGUAGGGUGGAACGGAUUGUUAUUGCCCUUGCUUCCGUUGUUUGCGUGUUGGGCUUGUUAUUCGUGAUUGGUGGGUUCUGGCUUUGCCGGAGAGGAUUGAAGAAGAAUAAGAUAAUGAGAAAGCACAAUAUUAGCAGAAUUAAGACGGGGUUAGAUUCCGGGUUGAAUUCCUUGAAUGAGAGCACGACCUUAAUCAGGUUCACAUUCGAUGACAUUAAGAAGGCUACUAGGAACUUCAACCCGGGCAACGUUAUUGGGAGAGGAGGAUAUGGGAAUGUGUAUAACGGAGUGUUGCCCGAUGGGAGUGAAGUUGCAUUGAAAAGAUUCAAGAACUGUUCGGCUGCAGGGGAUGCGAGUUUCGCUCACGAAGUUGAGGUUAUAGCAAGUGUGAGGCAUGUAAACCUCGUUGCGUUGAGAGGUUUUUGCACUGCCACAACUAAUUUAGAGGGUCACCAGAGGAUUAUCGUCUGUGAGUUGAUGAAGAAUGGGAGUCUUCACGAUCAUUUGUUCGGUUCUAUGUGUAAGAAACUCAGUUGGCCAACCCGUCAAAAGAUUGCACUGGGGACUGCAAGAGGACUGACUUAUCUGCAUUACGGGGCUCAGCCAGUUAUCAUCCAUAGGGAUAUAAAAGCCAGCAAUAUACUUCUGGACGAGAAAUUUGAAGCCAAGGUCGCAGACUUUGGACUUGCAAAGUUCUACCCUGAGGGAAUGACGCAUAUGAGCACUAGGAUAGCUGGAACCAUGGGGUAUGUGGCUCCCGAGUAUGCAUUGUAUGGACAGUUAACGGAAAGAAGUGAUGUUUUCAGUUAUGGUGUUGUGCUUCUUGAACUUUUGAGUGGGAAGAAGGGUCUUGAAAUGAACCAUGAUGGCCAACCUUCUGCUCUCUCUGACUGGGCUUGGUCAUUGGUAAGAACAGGUCGACCUUUGGACGUUAUUGAAGAUGGUAUGCCAGAAACUGGUGCUCCACAUGUCAUGGAGAAGUAUGUGUUGGUUGCUGUAGUUUGCUCUCAUCCACAGUUAUAUGCGAGGCCAACAAUGGACCAGGUGGUUAAGAUGUUGGAGUCAGAUGAAUCAGUGCCCGCUAUACCCGAAAGACCGCUUCCUCUGGUUGCUAGGAGGAGUGAUAUCGAGAGAUCUAUCAGUAAUUGUGGUUCGGUUCAGCUUUAUAGUCCAACUGGUUAUCAAUCAUAUGCAUUUGACGGUGACCGUCAUUCUUCUUUUAAUUCUAAUUAAGAAUGAAAAUGAUCCAAGCUGAGGCUCCAGAUCCAUCACUUGUGUAUAUAACUAUAUUCCCCUUGUUGAUUUCACUGUGAUUAUUUUAAAAAAAAAUUAAUAUUAGAUUGCUGGUUGCUGGAAGCAUUAUAUGCACAAGCUGAUGCUCCUACAACUCUGACGAAAACAGAGUCAGCUACUUCU